UCCUGAAAGACCAAGACUUUGCUGCCUUAGAGAAGACCUGGAGGCUCCUGGUAGCGUGGCUAGUCCACCCCAGCCAGAACAUCCGCUACCUGAGCGAAAGGGGACUUCUCCAAAUUUAUGGCACCCUGAAGGCGGCCAAGAAACCCCAGGAUUUUAGUGCCGGGAUCCUGGCAGGGCUCAGGACCUCCAGUCUGGAAGCCACUUUGGGGGUCCUGGCCUUCAUGGAGCGGCUGAGGCACUGUCCAUCAGAACACCAGGCCACGGUGAAUGCUGUCCUGGCUGCCCUGUGCCGCCCUCUCUUCCACCACGAGGAGGCUAAGAUCCGAAGGGCAGCCAUGAGGACCCACCUGGAUCUCCUGCAGCACCGCCACCACCACCACAAGGGUACAGAGGAGAACAUCACGACCCUCAUCGCGGUGCUGAUGCAUGUGGAGGAUGAAGACCUGGAGGUAGCACAGGCUGCGAAGGACAAUCUGAGCCUCCUGGCGGAAGCCCUCCUAUGGCACCUGGAGGGCAAGCUGCUGGCGCGGGACUCUUACAGCCUGCAGGAGCUGCUCCACAAGAUCGCCAAGUGUCUGAUUCGGCAGCUCGGCACAGAGGACGCCGUGGAGAUGGAGGCCACCAAGAUCCUGGGCUUCUUCCGCAGCGAGCAGCCUUCAGUGAGGAGAACGGCUGCCCUGCUGAUCGGUCACCUGGUCCACAAAAAGGGCAGCAUCCUCACUGAAGGGAACAUAGAGACCUUCCAUGCUGCGCUGGAGAGCUUGCUUGGCGAACAUGACCCCGAGGUCGGGAGAGUUGCCUGCAAGACAGAGAAGAUCGUGAAGAAGGCCUUUUCCCUCCACUCCCGGCACGGGCUGCGGGCUGCCGUUCGGCGCUUGUGGGCGGGCUGUAAGAAGAAGAGACACCCGCCAGAGUACGGUGAUCUCUCCACCUGGAACAACAGCCCCGUGCUCUCCCCUUGAAGAUCAGCAGCUGAAGGGAGGUUCAGGAAAGACCGUGCAGCGCAGGGGCCUCCCAGAAGACCUCCUCCAAGCGCGUGGACACAAGAUCUGUCCACAAGAAGACAUCCAGCAGGGAAGUGCAGUUCUGUCUGAGGAGUGAGGGGGAAGCAGGCUCCACUCCCCUGGCCCAAGGAAGCCCCGCCUCUGGGGUGCAGAAGCCCCUCCCCUUGCUUCUGCUGGCAGGCUGUGGGAGGAGGCUACAGGACCACCCUGCCCCCAAGUGGCCCUUUGGAACCAUUCUUGGGCUUCCCUUGGGUCCGGGGAGGCUGUGUGGCCCCAGCAGGAGGGCAAGGUCACCGCCUCCCUCCAUUCCCACCAGCUGGCCAAGGAGCGCCCCCUCCUCCUUCCACCUUUCUCCCCUUCCCCAGCGGCCUGGCUUCCCCUGGCAGGGGAAGCCCCAUCCAGGCAUCCGCCCCCUCCCCUGCCGAGGGUGUGCUCCUCCCCCCCUCCACUCCCGCAGCCACGCCUCACUCCCCCCUCCGCUCCCUCCUCCUUCCUCCCAAACCGGUGCAGCAGCAGAGGAGCCUGGGAGACUCUGGGGGCCCCCUGCAGCCCCAGUAGCGCCCCCUGGUGCUGCCCGGUGGCAGGCCAGAGAAUUCUCCUCUCCCUCCUGCUCCAUGCUGUGGCUGCACAGUGGGGAGCCCAAGGUCAAGCAGAAUUCUCUGGCUUGCCCCCCCCUCAACCCCCAGCCCCCUGCCCAAUCCCCACUUGCUGGGCUGCCGGAGUAGAAAGGGAGGAGGAGCAGGGCAACCCCACUGACGCUGCUUUGUGCUUCUUGCAGGCUUGUGCUGCUGCUGGGCGGCUGGAGGAGUCGAUCCGCCCCAGAAGCGGAGACCAA